CUUGAAGUAAUUCAAACUUGGGGCACUUUUGGUUUGGGAUACAAACCGAAGAAGGAAGAUUGGCAGAGAAUGCGUGUUAUUAAAGCGGAGAAACGCCAUGCCAGACUUCAAGGGAAAGAUCCAAGGGAUGAACCAAUAUGCAAAGGGUACUGUUUUCAUUGACAGAUUGCUUGAACUUGGGGAAUGUUCAAAACAAGCAAGGUUUGAGGAAGUGCUGGUGGAAGAGAUCACCGAUGAGGUCUGUUCUGAUGAUGAGGAAGAUAGUUUUGGCUUCAACAACCUCUUUGGGCUAGCCAACAUGACAGAUCCUAAGGAAAGGUGGAGAAGGAUGCUCACUGAAAGGGCAUUUAUGGAAAAGCACCCCAACUUCCAACUCAUUCAUCAUGCAAUAGCUCCAAUGGAUCCACAUGAGUCUAUGCUCCUUGAAACAGUGAAAGAAGAAUCACUAUGUGACUUAUGGGGAAAUUUGACCAUAAAUGCUCUAAAUGAGGAAGGACUAGAAUUUGAUAGGGGAAUUUCUCUGGUCAAUGGAAGCUCUCAAGCUAAUUGGGCAGCGGAACUUCUCCCUGUAGCUUUCAUCUCUAAGAAGAUCAUGCCAAAUGAAAGGGACCCAAGGGGCAAAUUUGCACCAAACUAUGAAGGGCCUUAUGUUGUUAAAGAAGCUUUCUCCGGAGGAGCACUCUUGUUGAAAUAUCCAGAUGGAAUUGAUUAUCAUCACCGAGGGCAUACAUUAACAAAAAAAGAGAGAGACAUCAAAGCUCCAAGCAUUGACAGUGGGAAACUUCCUUCUUCUGAGCACAAGACCCAUGUCCUGCACCUCACGCCUUGCGCCCCUGCACCUGCCCUGCACCAGAUCCUGGCCUUGCUUUGCACCGAGCCAUGCGUCUUUUCCCUUGAUCCCUUGCUUGCUGCGCCUGCACGUUUCUGCUCUUGCACUCCGCGCCCAAUGCCUGCACUUUCCCCUUUGCGCCUCUGCGCCCCUGCUACACCGAGCCUGCGCCCUGAUCACGCCUAGAUUUCCUUGCUCUGUGCCCCUGCUGCGUUGACCCUGCUGCUGCGCCUUUGUCCCUGCAGCCAACCGAGCAUGAGACAAACCUGCACCAUGUCCUUGCCUUGCCUGCAAGAUGACAUCACGCUCCAGCUUUCUUGGCUGUUCCGCAGGGCCAGUUUUGGCCUCACCCGAUCAACGGUGGAAGGAAAAAGAAGAAAAAUUGAAGGGUUUGGAUGAGGAGAGAAGAAGGGAGUUAGGGUUUUGUUUGAUUGUGUAUAAAUAGGAAGAAUUGGUGAAUUGGAAGGGGGGUUCUCUUUUGGUUGAAGGGUUCUCUUUUGGAGGGUUUUUCUUUUCGAAAGAGUUCUCUUGGUUGUUCUUUUCAGUCUGACUUUGGGAUCGCCGGAGGUGAUAGCAAGAGAAAGGAGAUCGUUAAGCUCUUAAAGGAGUGACUGUUUUUGGAAGUUGCGUUUCUGGAUUUAUCUUUGCUUUAGGUAUUUUUCUUCAACAGAGGAGUUCUUCCGGGGAGGCAGUGAAGGGAAUGAUCUGGGCUUGAUCCCGUGGGUGGGAUCCCCCAGAUCGGAUUCUGAUCUGUUACCCAGGAAAGCUUCGCCGUGUUUGUUGCACUCUUAUGAUCUAAAUCUAUAAUACCAAUAAAAUAUUUUCUCUUAU